CCCAACUUGGGUUUCUCCACAUAAAAACCAGUACUAGCAGAAACGUCUGUUUUCUGUUCACUCUCGUCUCCGCAUUUCAACGGUCGAUUUAAAGCUUCACCUUCACCGGUUAAGGCACCACUAAAUCUUGAGAUGGUUUUCUCCCAAGGUGUGAAACGUCCUAUGGAGAUGAUUUUUAAGAGGCUGAGUAGCCCGAUAGGUUGUAGAAAUAGUUAUUCUACUUGGGCAAGCAGAGGAAGAUCCAUUUGUGAAGCUGGAGAUUUUAGAACUGUAGUUUCCUCUAACGAUGCCUAUCCACACCAUGGUUUUGGAAUGUUUUUGAGGAGAUAUGCGGUUGAAAUUCCUGCUUCAGAACAGAUGAGUCUUAUAAAGCAGCUGAGGGAAAGAACAAGUGCUCCCAUAAAAGAUGUGAAGUCUUCUUUGAUUGAUUGCAAUUGGGACAUUGAGGCUGCACAAAAGGACCUGAGGAAAAGAGGGGUGGUUCUGGCAUCAAAAAAGUCAUCUCGAACUGCAGCUGAGGGUUUGCUUGCAUUGGUCCAGAAUGAAAGCAAGGUUGCUGUCAUCGAACUUAAUUGCGAGACAGACUUUGUUGCAAGAAAUGAGAUAUUUCAAUACCUGGCAUUAUCACUGGCAAAGUUAGCAUUGCUGGUUGAUAGUUCUUCUCAGCAGGUUUCCGGGGCAUUUCCUGUUAGGGCUGAAAUUUUGGAGGAGUUGAAAAUCAAUCUUGACCAUCCUAAAUUAAGUGGUGAAAAGACAGUUCAAACUGCAAUUGCAGAACUGGCUGCAAUAAUGGGAGAGAAUGUCAAACUUAGAAGGGGUUUCGCAAUGUCUGCUCCUUCUCAGGGUAUCAUUUCAACAUAUCUCCAUACAAGCCCUCAACCAGGUUUGGGACGUAUUGCUGGAAUUUUAUCUUUUGAGGUAGAGGAUAAGAAUGCUUCACUGGAUUCUCUCCAGCGUGUUGGUUCAGAACUGGCAAUGCAUGUAGUCGCUGCCAAGCCUUUGUUUUUAACUAGGGAUCAUGUGUCAUCUGAUGCAUUGGAGAAUGAGCGUGAGAUUCUCAAGUCUCAGGCUGAAAGUACAGGGAAGCCUCAGAUGGCCAUAGAGAAAAUGGUUGAAGGUCGUUUACGAAAAUACUAUGAAGAAGUAGUUCUUAUGGAGCAAAAGUUUGUUGUGAACGAUAGCUUAAAUGUGAAGACUCUACUCGAUAAUUUAUCCAAGGAAGUGGGUUCACCCGUUAAGAUUGGGAGCUUUUGCAGAAUGGAAGUUGGUGAAGGUAUUCAGAGGCUUGAAGCAUCAAAUGAACGUGAACCCGUGGCUCAAUCGGCCUAAUUUGGGUGAUUGUACCAACAUCCAGGAAAAUGUCCCUAUUUAUAGUUCGAUGUGUUAUUUCAGGAUUUCAGUAUCUUCUUUGCUCCAUAUUGUUAUCGUCUCUAGGAAAGAUGUAGUGUGUGAAUCUGGCAUAUGAUGCAAAAUUUAUCGAGGGUUUACAGAAAUAAUGCGAUUUUGAUGUCAUGUUACUGCUUUCGAUAAUUUUUAUGGUUUACUCUGGUUAUUUUAGACCAUUCUACUGAAUAGAGAUCAUAUAAUCAUGGAAACCAUUGUUGAAGCUCACACCAAAUAGAAAUGUCAACACUAGAAGGGUCUCAAACCCAGAAUACUUCAUUUGUUUUACAGGUUACACAUAGAUACACCAAAUAAAGUCUGCACAUGAUUUCGCAAAAGAGGGAGUGAGAAAGAGAGAGAUUAUGGGUUCUCUCAAUGGAACUUGAGGCUAGUCAAGACAUUGUUGUUCACGGGAUCCGCCAAAUGAUCCAGUAAAUUCUGGAAGGGUCCAACCCCGGUCACCAGCCCUUGUAUGAAGUAACCCAAUAUAGCCAACAUGGCCAACCUCCCAUUCUUGACCUCUUUCAACUUCAAUUCCUUCAAAGAUUUCUCGUCCUUCCCGAACCCUAGUGGGUUGAAGAGGGGUCCACCAGGGUAAGCUGGGUUAUCCGACCCGCCCAAGUACUUCUCCAACCCCAAAAAGUACUGUUUCCCCAUGGACCCGGGAUUGUACCAGUCUUGGAAUCGCCUGUGCUCUGCAAAGCCCAUCAGUGCCAUUUCCAGCACAAAUAGUGUGUAAGGGUCUGCCCAGUAGUCGUAUGUUCCGGCUGGUGGAAUCACACCAGUUUUGAACCAAGGGAGGGCGGUUUCCGGUGGGAUGAGGCCGAGCUUCCCAAAGAUUUCCGGUGCAAUUGCACCGACCGCCCCUAGCA